CGGUGGUGGAGUUCCUGGGAGAAUCACGCACCCGCUUACAGAGAAAGUGUGGGGACACCGCCUCUGCGUACUGAGAUAGGAGGAAGAGACUUGCUUACCUUCCAAUUCUGAAGAGUUAAGAAUCAUGUCUUCAGUUUGGAAAACUUCCUAUGCAUCAGAUACAAUGCCUGAGAUCAUGGUGAAAAUUAUUGGAAGCAAACAUUACCGAUACCUUGUGGAAAAGCCAAGCAUUAAAGAGAAUGUGAACUUGAAGGCAGAAGCUAAACCAGUGCUCCAGAACUCCAUCCUUGGUAAUACAAUGCAAAUGAACAGAGCCCCUCCAGCUCCUGAAAACCCUACUGAUCACCAAAACAAUAAUGAACCAAAAAAGGAGAAAGAAAGCAAACACCUAGAGAGCAGUCAGAAGUCAGAGAACAUCCAGAGACAGCCAACAGAAUGGCAUGGUAGAAGAUUUCUAAAUGACAGAAUUCCCAACCAAGUCAAUGUCCAUUGUAGAUCUGUACCAAGCGGAGACCAAAGUCUGUCCUAUAUUCAUGCUUUCCCUAGGAAAAAUCUAAGAGACUUGUCCUUGGAACAGAUGGUGAGAGAUGGCCCUGUCCAACCUGAGGAUGCUGUCCAGAGGACAAGUGGAACAACAAGAGAAGAUACAUUUCUUCUUGCCUUGGUCCAAAGGGAAAUCAAGGCACGUCCUUUAAGUUCCAGCUUAUUAGAAAAGCUUCAAAAGGAACUGAAGAUCCUGGAUCCUGUCUCUACAGGGUUUCUUCUCCAAUCUCAGCUAAGCCGCCUCUUCUUGAGGCUUGAUGUUCCUCUACAUUUACCAACAAUCAAGAUCCUUUGCCAGAGAUUUUCUAAGCAGGACUCUCCUGAAAUGGUGAAUUAUGAAAAGUUACUCUGGUUUUUAAAAGCUGCCACUUCUAAUGAUCCACAGCAGAGCAAAGAAUUUGUGGACAAUGAUCUGAGAAAAAUUCAGGCUAAUGAACUUCAGAUCCAAAGAAGUAACCCUCAAGACACCAGUUCCCAGUCAGAAGUGAACAAGAGCUUGGUGGAGGUCUUAAAGAUGGCACUAAGGGCAACAAAUGGCAAACUCAACCUAGAGAAUCUCAAUUUGAGUUUUCGAAAAGAAGAUCGCUCAUUCUCAGGGUAUCUGCCUCCACCCAAGAUUAGAGCUAUAUGUGGGAAGCAUGGAAUAUCUCUGACUCUGAGCCUCCUAGAAACAUUGCUGAACCAUCAAGAUUUGGGCUAUCGAAAUGAAAUAAAGUGGCAGAGUUUUGUUGAACUGUUGAGCAGGGCUUCCUCUGAUUUGUCAUCUGAUUUAUCCACAGGAAGGAAAGAAAAGGAAACUCAAGCCACUGCCAUGCCUCCUGAAGAACCUGAAAUGCCACAAAUUAAAGAGACUAUGGAAACUCCAAAAGAGCAGCAGCAGCCAGAAAAAGUUCUGGUAGAGUCUUCACUAACCAAAGAUCCAAUGAAUUCUUUGAAGAUGAGGCCAGUCUCCCAGCCUCUUGUGAGUCCAGUAAAGAAGUCUGAGGAAAGUGUGACUUGGAUGGACAGGUUCAGAAAGCUAGAAAAUGCCCUCUACUUGUGUGAUCUGAGUAACACAGGAGUCCUGGAGAGGGAACGAGCGAAACGUCUCAUUCACAACUACAAUCUCAUUUACAGCCUGUCCCUGAGCCCUCGGAAAAUCGACCAGGCCUUGCGCAGAUUCCGUGCAGGGGAAAAUAUGCUUUUGGAGCCAGCGCUUCGGUACUUAAAGGAGCUAUGAUAACAAACCCAUAUUGUGCGAACAGAUGUUUCCUUUAUCUCCCUUUCACCCAGACACGUGAUGAUCCUUGGUGCCGUGGGCGAAGGCACCGUCAAAGCACUGGCUGAGGCAGCUACUGCAGACACGUAGGGAUAUGAACUUGUUUCUGGCUAGGGUGCUCAUUCAGAAACCAUUCCAAAUGGCCCAAGAAAACCAGCUUUACUCUUCUGAGGUGGCAAGAACUCACUGGCUUCGAAUACUCUUCUGUCCCAAUAAAGCUUAUUAUUAGUAG